AUGGCUAUAAAAUUAAAGAUUAAGGCACCGCAAUCGGAGCCAUCGUCUAAUGUUGGAGGAACGUCUACUAAAGACAAGAAGAUCAAAAUUAGGCCAUUGUCUAAGUUGAGUAAAAACCUGAAUCAAAAAAAUGCUAGAACCAAAAAACUCAAGAUAAAUUUGCCAAUAGGGUCAGGAAAACGUAAUGAAAGUUCCAAAGAGAGCUCUUUUGGUGAUAACUUUGCCGAUCUUCAACCAACUCGAAUUGUACCAAAAGUUCGAGUGAAACCUACUAGGGUACCAGGAGAAGGAUACGACUCUGAAGCUCCAGACUUGGAAGAUGACCCACUCAUCGAAAGUGGCAUAAUAAUAAGGUUCCUAAAUGAUCCUAAUCUAGACUUCGUUCAUAAUGCUUUACAAUCUGGAGAUCUAACCGGACUAAACAUAAAGUGGCUUACCAGUGAGAAGGCACUAGUUCAUGUGAAUGGCACCAUAUAUGCUGGUCGACUAAUUGACCUUCCAACGAUCACGGAAUUCUUCAAAACAAUAGACAAAAAGAAUCUUUUCAAAUCUCUUGAUGUAUGCCAAAUUUUAUUGAUUUUGCAUCUGGUGAAUACUAAGGAUUUAAAUAUGGAAAGAGACUUCGAAGUUCCCCAAGAUAUUUUGAAUUUCCACCCAUUAUAUAAGCUUUCUAAGGGCGGAUUAGUUCCAAGUAGGCUUACAUAUAAGAAUGGGUUAUUGAGUCCCUAUGAAGAUGUAUACCGAAGGUUCAGAGCACGGAAAGUAAAUCAUAGAGUGAUGAACGAUAUUGAAGCUAAGGUAAAUGAAUUGAUAAGAUUAGAUGAUGAGGCUGAAGAAAGUCGCUUUGAACUAGUAGAUCCAAACAAAGAAAUGCAGAGAUUUACUUCAGCAAGUAGGUCUCCUUCGGUGGCGGCAGAUACAAUAUCAUCUCUGCAUGAACCUGUGUACUUUGACGAACAAGCUCCUGGAGUUAAUGAAAACCUCGAAGUGGACUUGGAGGCAGAUCUCGAGGAGGAACUUACCAGAGCCCUCGAGAACGACGAAGGUGAGGUAGAUUUGGAAAAUUCUGAAGUCUUGAUCCAAAAUGAAGGGUCUGACCUUACUAUCGAUGAGAGGGGACAAAUUGAGGUUCUCGCAGAAGAAGUGGAAGCUGAUGACGAUGAAGAACAAAAUGGAGAGGACGAAGAAGAGGAAGACGACGAUGAUGAGGACGAGGACGACGAUGAUGAGGAUGAAGAAGAUGAUGAAGAUGAAGACGAUGAGUCAAGGUCUAGCAAGCAACAUAUCAAGAUGCUUCAUGAAGAGAUCUCUGACUUGGAGAAAGCUGUCGAUGUCCACAAAAGGGGUCUCGAAUCGGCCACUCACAAGAUGAUGAGGAUGAAGUUUCAGACAAGCUACAAUACUUUAAAAGCUUCUUUAGAUACUAAGAGGAGAACCUUAACUAAAAUGUUAAAUGAUCAGGAACAGCUCCAGAGAAAAAUUAACCCUACUAAUAAUCUAGAGCCACAAUUAAAGGAGCCCGAAAUCCAGGAGCAAGAUGAUGAUCCAGAUGAUGACCAAGAAGACAUGGCCGACGAUGCUAAUGACAUUGAUGACUUGUUCUAA